GCUUUUAGAAUGGAUCUGUUGUUUCUCAGCCGGCGAAUUUUCUUGGGCGAUGGCAGCCAAAACUCCCUGAUCCAUGGCGGUAUAAUCGUUGACACGGAGGGUAUUAUCCGGAGGGUGCUACGUUCGCCGCAGGAGGUCAACACGUUGUACAACACGGAGUCCGAAUCGGUUUAUGAUUUUGGUGACCUGGUACUGAUGCCGGGUCUGAUUGAUCCCAAUGUGCAUAUCAACGAGCCGGGCCGUAAGGAUUGGGAGGGUUUCGUCACGGCCACAAAGGCGGCGGCCGGCGGUGGCUUCACCACCAUCAUAGACCGGCCCACCAAUGCCACACCACCCACCGUGAGUGUGGCGGGUCUCAAGGCCAAGACUGCGACGGCACGGGGAAAGAUCUAUGUGGACGUGGGUUUUUGGGGUGGCCUGGUCCCCGGAAACGGAGAUCAACUUGGUCCGUUGUUGGCCGCCGGUGUCAUGGGCCUCCAGUGCACACUAUGUGGCUCAGCGUCACCCGUCUCCGAAGAAUUUCCCGCCGUUAACGAAGCUCAACUGGAGGAGGCCCUCUGUCGAUUGGAAAAGGAUCACGAUGAGGGCGAGGCCAUCAUAGCGGUGCAUGCCGAGCUGCCACUGACCGAGGAAAUCCCUUCGGACGAGGAGGCGCCCCGGGAGUACGGCACUUUCCUGGCCACACGCCCACCGGCCAUGGAGAUUUCGGCGACGCAGUUGCUCUGCCGGCUGGCGCAACGCCACCCGAGGCGUGGCAUCCACAUCCUGAAUGCGAGCAGUGGCCAAUGCCUGCAGCUGGUGGAGGCGUACCAACGCCAGGUGGGGGCGGUGGGUUCGAACCUAACGCUGGACACCUGUCCGCAUUAUCUAGCUCUGGCGGCCGAGGAUGUGCCCCCGUGCGGCACGGAGUUCAAGACCUGGCCACCGAUACGGGAGCGAAGCAAUCAGGACGCAUUGUGGCAGGCUCUCGGUGUGGGCGGAGCCAUCCGGAUGCUUGGCAGCGAUCACUCGCCGGCGACGCCCGGCGCACGCGCCCUCACCUGCGGCAGGGGGCGUGGCAACUUCCUGAAGGCCUGGCCUGGCAUUAAUUCACUGCAACUCAGCCUACCGGUUGUCUGGACAGCGGCCAAUCGGCGUGGAUCUGUGUUGACCAUUGCGGACAUCCACCGACUGAUGUGCCAGGAGCCGGCGAUCCUGUGCGGUCUGUCCGCCUCGAAGGGCCGCAUUGCCGAGGGCUACGACGCCGACUUCUGUGUGUGGAGUCCCGAGGAGGAGUUCACCGUGGGUCCGGAGCUGCUCUAUACGGCCACCAAGGCGACGCCGUAUGCGGGCCAACGGUUGAGGGGCGUGGUCCAUGCGACGGUGGUGCGGGGACUGCAUGUCUAUCAGCAGUUCGAGGGCUUCGGCCAGCCCUUGGGCAAGGUGCUACUGCGACGGAGCAGCCGCAAACUGGUCAAGUUCGUGAGCGUGUGAGGCAGUGAAGUGACUCUGGGGGUAAACUUUGUUAAUUAAAAUCAUUAAGAGAUUGGGCUGUGUUCGUUGGUAUUCCGUAGCCACUUUCCUUUUCCACUGAUACCCUUGCGCAGCAGGGUAAGAACAUUUCCACCAAUAAGUUUGUCAAAUAAAGGAAAUACAUAGUAA